CUGCAAUGAUAAAAUAAUAAGCAUGAAAGGCAAGAAAGCAUGUGCUUAAAAAAAUUAAGGAUCCUGGAGUACCAUUCUUGCUUAUGAGUAGAUCUGUCUGAAGCCUGGGAGUUGGGGAGAUGACUUCUGAAGGUUCCAUCUAGCCCUGUGAUUCUGAGCCACUUUUUCCUGCUUUGGGAUAAUGCAAAGACACAUUUUAAGGAGAGGCCCUAGAAGAAUCCAGAGAAGAAAAUAAGAGCAGCUGCAUCACACGGUACUUAUUAGACUAUCAAACUAUAGUCAGCGAGGGAGCACAAGGAGACCUGGUGAGCGGCAGUAAGCGGAGUCCUGCUAGGAAGAUGCUGAAAGUCACCGUGCCCACCUCUCCUUCCUCCUCCAGUUCUUCCUCGACCACCUUGCCUGGGAGCACCUCGGCCACUCCCGACUAUUGGAUCGACGGCUCCAAUAAAGACUCUUUGGAUGAUUUCUUCGAGGUGGAGACGGAGCUGGGACGGGGUGCUACAUCAGUUGUGUACAGAUGUAUCCAGAAGGGGACACAGAAGCCUUAUGCUCUCAAAGUGCUAAAGAAAACAGUAGACAAAAAAAUAAUUCGAACUGAAAUAGGAGUCCUUCUUCGCCUUUCACAUCCAAACAUCAUAAAACUAAAAGAGAUAUUUGAAACACAAGCAGAAAUCAGCCUGGUUCUGGAACUGGUCACAGGAGGGGAACUGUUUGAUAGAAUUGUGGAAAAAGGCUAUUACAGUGAGCGUGAUGCAGCACAGGCAGUCAAACAAAUACUGGAGGCAGUUUCUUACCUACAUGAAAAUGGAAUUGUCCAUCGUGAUCUUAAACCUGAGAAUCUUCUCUAUGCAACUCCAGAACCAGAUGCACCACUCAAAAUAGCUGAUUUUGGACUUUCUAAAAUUGUGGAAGAUGAAGUUACCAUGAAGACUGUAUGUGGAACACCAGGAUACUGUGCACCUGAAAUUCUUAGAGGAUGUGCCUAUGGACCUGAAGUGGAUAUGUGGUCCCUGGGAGUAAUCACCUACAUCUUACUUUGUGGAUUUGAACCAUUCUAUGAUGAAAGGGGAGAUCAGUACAUGUUUAAGAGAAUUCUCAACUGUCACUAUCGCUUUGUCUCCCCCUGGUGGGAUGAUGUUUCUUUGAAUGCCAAGGAUUUGGUGAAGAAACUGAUUGUUUUGGAUCCCAAGAAGCGCUUGACUACUUUCCAAGCUCUGCAACACCCUUGGGUCACAGGGAAGGCAGCUAAUUUUGUACAUAUGGACACUGCCCAAAAGAAACUUCAAGAAUUCAAUGCAAGGAGAAAGCUUAAGGCUGCAGUGAAAGCAGUAGUGGCCUCUACCCGACUGGGAAGUGCCAGCACUCACAGCAACUCCCUUCAGGACAACCAAAAAAUCUCCAUUAUUCCAAUACCCAAUGAAGAUAGUAAAGGGAAAGAAAGCACAUCUCAGCUGGAAGAAACUCGAAAGGAAAGUUCCACUGAAAGAGGAACUGCAGAAACAGAACCCCAAGGUGAAGUCCAAGCUGAGGUUGCAGCUGGAGGAGAAAUCCUCAAAUUCAGUGCACAAGAAGGGGGAGGACUACAAGAGUCCUAAAUCACCCUUUUUUCAAAGUGAGGGCUGAAGCUAGUCACUUUCAUGCAUGGGCUAAUUUGUCCUUCAGCCAGGAUGAUUUGUAAGUGUGAUCCUCACUGUAGUGGUUCUAUUUUUGAGGUGCAAAAUAAUGUGUAAUCAUACAUCAGCUGGUGACCCUAACUCCAAUGCAUGUGACUGCUUAUGAAUAAUAGUGUUCUCUAAUGGCAUGUAACAGAUUACAUGUAACGUUAUCUAAUAGCAACAAGUGAAAUUUGACAGUGAGCAAAAACAGUAUAACAUUUAAACUUCAUAUAUAAUUGUCAGAGGGCAAAAGUUAAUGUUUGAAAAAUUUAUAUUUUCUGUUUGCAAAACUUAACCUUCUAAGGGAGAUAUCUGAUUUCUUCAGAAUGGUAGUUAUUUCUAUAGGCAUAUUGAUCAUCUGCUAUAUGUUAUCAUAAAGCUAUUUAAAUGGUUUUUUAUUCAUAUGUAAAAACUGUUUACAAGAAGAUAGCAAAUAGAUGUACAGUAUAUGCAAAAACAUUCCAUAAAUUCUGGUAAGAAACUGAAGCAUUACUUUCAAGGGCCAUGAAGCUAUAUGCCCCUCCAGCUUGUGUUGCGAAUGCCUUACUGUAUCUUUAACUGUUUAUAUACUCUGUAUUACUAAUAACCAAAAAGCUAUUUCAUAGAAUCCUGCCAUUUCAUUAUCCUGGCAAAUUUUCAAUACAACUAGGUUGGUCCCUUUUCCCUUCUGAACCUUCACUUUCUCUUUCAUAGGAAUCCUUUUGAAGAAAAACUCUUUAGAGAGUGAUAAAAAUUGGGCCUGUGUAGAGUAGUGAAAAACAACAGGAUCCCUGUCAUUUUUUAAAGAUAUAAUUAUAAUUGCCCAAAAGUUUAUAAAACUAUAUAGCUAAAAAAGGCACUAAUUUUUAUGGAUAAAAUCUGUGAUUACCAUGUUUUAAAUACUCAGAAAAAAAUCUUCUAAGGCUGAAUCUUAUGAAAGUACUUUUCCAAAUUAAGGUCAUUAUUAACUUUUUUUGCCAUUAAAAAUCAUUUUCUCCUUGUUUGUUAAACAGAUAUAAUGUUUAUGAACUAAAAAAUCUUCAACAAAGAUACUUUGUGUGUUUUUAUCAUCCAAACUAGUAGUUCCUAAAUUUAACAACAAUGUAUUUUUAAAGUAUCUAUGAUAGAGAUACGUGACAAAUAUCAUCUUACUUUUUUAUUGAAUCAUCAGUCUUAAAUUAGAGAAUUGGUAUCUAAAUAUUACUUUUAAUCCAAUUGUUUUCAUUUUAAGAUAAACUUUUUUGAGGGUUUAAUAGUACAUUUUUUCUUUUUAACAUAGAUCCCAGUGAUUCACAGAAUUGGGUUAAUAAACAUAUGUAUAAUAUUUUAAGUUCAAAUUAAAUUUUUUAUCAAGUCAAAUGCUUAUAUAUUUUAUAAGUUUAUUUAUUAUAAUCUAUUAUCUUUCUGAUAAAACUGAAAAAUCAUUUGACUACAACUAGAGAUGUAAUGAGACAUUUAUGUUUCCAAAUAAUGGUUUAGAAAUUGUUACCUUUACUCACUGCAUUGCUAUCAUUCACUACGAGUUUUGAGCCUUCUUGUUAACAAUACAUUUUACAACAAAGAAAUUUCCUACAUGAAGAUCAGAAUUGUAUGGCAUUAAGAAUAUGUAUAUUUAAUUUUAAAAAGGUUAUAUUAAAAGUGCCCCUUGCUGCACCCUAUUUCAUAUUUCACCUCAAAUGGCCACAUACCUUUCCUAUCUUUAACUUUUGGUUCUAACUAUAACUGUAGAAUCCUUGUUGAAUAAUCAGUAAGUUUUCUGAUGUACAUAAUUUUUAUUUUUUUGGUCCUUUCCUCUAAAACAUACAUUGGAAAAUAAAAGUAUUUCAUUUUCUGAAGGUCA